CCGUGGUAUUGGCAUGAUCCUGACGCGUAGGCAGACGCACUCCCCCGCCCUCUCCCCACUCACCAUCAAGUAAUACGUCUAGAUUAUUACUGUCAGGAUCUGGCUACCUAGAUAGGUCGGUGCUUAUCUAGCCUGUAAGCCGGUAUAUCAUCACGCCGCUGUUUGAGUAGAAGUAGAAAAGAAGGCGGCUCUAGCCAAGCACUUGCCCCUCUCUUGUUCGACGACAUCCAUCCCAUAAUCCCCGCAAUCUUCCAGGCCCAGCUCCCGCAGCUGUUCGCUCUCAACAGACGGAUUAUACGCAACAGACGAUGUCUUCCAAUUUGACCAAGUCGACCCACACCUUCGCCACCCAUGAGAUCCCGCUCGAAUGCGACGUCUACGAGGCCCCCGAUUAUCCAACCGACUCACCCGUCCUCCUCUUCUUCCACAGCGGCGGGCUAGUCGCGGGGUCUAGGCGUAAUGUUCCCCCAUGGCUCGUCCAGACCUGUCUGAAGCGGAAAUGGCCGCUUGUCAGUGCGAGCUACCGGCUUGUACCCCAAGUCCUCGGCGACGGCCUCCUCGACGAUGCCAAGUCGGCGUAUGCCUUCGCCCGCAACCUCGGCCGUAGUGGAGCGGAGCGCCCGGUCAUUGUUGCCGGUGCGAGUGCUGGCUUCUUCAUGGCAACCAUUGUAGCCCACCAUUCGGCUCCCAAGCCGCUCGCUCUAUUCUCCAUUACGGGGAUUCCGACCUUCCGUCACCCCUUCUUCAACUCGUCCACGCUCAUCCCUCCAGACCCGAUCUUGGAGGAAGAGGUGGAACAUCUUCUGGUCGAGCCCGUGUCGGUCGGCACCACUUCUGCCACCGAUUUCGAGCUCGACAUGCUGCUGCCGUCCGGGGCAAAGAAUUUGCAUUUCCAGAAGUCCGCCCAGCCAGCGUCUGACGCAUCGGGGCAGGACCCCAACCGUGGGAUACUGUACGAUUACUACCUCUACGACAACGCGUAUGCAUCUCUCGUGGGCGGCGUCGAUGCGGGCUUCGAUUGGGCGAAAGACGCUGCGUCGAGUCCGAAGCUUGAGGAAUGGCCCGUGACGAUCUUCAUCCAGGGAGACGCAGAUGUCGAUGUCGACAUGAAUGUCUGUGCUAGCGUAGCCCAAUUGCUCGGCGACAAGAAAGGCAGGUGGUGCAUCGCAAUAGGUCAGGGUCACCUGUUCGAGAAGGAGAGUUUCAUCGAGGAUGAGGGGCCGGGAAUGGACGUUGUCAGACAGGCUGUUGAGGAGUUGGACAGGGCCGUUGCUGCGGGUCUGAAUGUCUCUGCUUGAGCCACCUCUUCGUGACAAUACAGGCGCCAGGAAAACAAGCAUGGGGGACAUCUCCAGAGGCCAGUUCCUAAUUCGAAGCCUGCUCGGCAGGUCCCACACACUGUUUUCGUAGCAGAUACCAUUGUGUAUGUGUGGAAUAGAUUUCUCCGCCAUGUCUCUUCACUGCCGCGCCGGCCAGGCCGCUGAUUGCGCAGUAGUGUAGCAACUAACCUGCCCGCGAACCCGUGGCUGGCCCAUGCUCGGAGCGUUCGUCAACAAGAAUAAAGACUAGGACUAUGGAUUGGAUGGGCCUGAUGGCAAUAUAAGGUAGUUGGGGAAAAGUCGUGCUCUGGGGGUCAAAUGUUGUGGCGUGGUGAGAUAAGGUCCAUUAGACUGCCGACGACC